GAAAGGUAUAAAUAGAGGUGGAUCGACGCCGACGCUUCAGAGAGCAACAAAACACUAGUAAGCAAAGUACAUUAUUAAGGAUCUUGCAGGUCUAACCCUUGCAGGUCAUGGACUGUGUGGAGAGAAUUGAAAGCCUCACCGUAGAGGACUUUAUAUCAAAAAAGAAGAACAAACCAAGAGUCUUCAAGACACUAAACGCCGACAAGUACACAACAACAUGCGGCUCUUACUGCGAGUGGGACCGCAACGUGGAACUCGGACCAGUCCAUAACUCUGUACCCGUCCCAAAAGAAGAUGAACACAUCUACAGUUACUACGAUGCUCUUCAGUACACUCUCUACGAGACCAACUACCCAGAAACUGAAGACAGAACACACACCCCAAGAUCUGACCCACCAGAGUCUGGGGCCACCAUCGUAGUGCUCUCCUCCCCCGUCGAAUGUAUGGCCAUCCUGCUGGAAGGCGGUCGCACCUGUCCAGGUGACAUGAUGCUGGUUAUGUCCACCACUUGGUUGACUACCGAGGACAGCGACCGUGGCAAAAACCUCAGGACCAUGUACGUACACAAGGCCAUCACAUUCGACCGAGGCGGAAGGACCUACCUAGAUGUGUUCAGCCCACCCAGAAGAGUAACUUACUUCAUGGACUUCUUCACACGCGGGAUUACAGAUGGACAGAGGAAUGACGGUGAGGAAUUGGAGAAGGACCUUGACUGCCCAACAUCAAGCUCACUCAACCUCGUCAGAAGAACUGACGACAAGGUUUUGACCAGAAUCCAGAUGGCCGAAGCUGGAGUUGGAUACCCCGACACGCUUGCUUUCUGCUACAGGGUGCCCUACGAGUACGAGGCACCCGAGGGUGCAGCCAUUAAGGUGCACAAGCUGAACCAGAAAGUCGGGGUUGAAAACUUGGUAGUGGACGAAGUCGUAUGCUUCCUUGCCAGGUUAAGUGAUGAAUGUGAAAGGGUUGUUGUUAAGCCAUCUGGAGUGAUGUGGCACGGUAGUCAAGGCGUGACCUUCCAUAACAAGGAGGACACAGAAGGAAUCUCUCGCACAGUCCUGGACCUGCUCUCUCAGAUAGAACCCCAGGACUGUGUCCUGGUGGAGGACUUCCAUGCUCCACCCACUGGGGCUGGCACCGAGGGCCUUUCAUUUAGAUUACGGGUGAACGUUUGCCGAGGCCUCGGUGAUAACCCAGAAGCCACCAGCUACAUUUGUGGAGUUGGACAGAAGAAUAGUCCUAUCAACGGCGACAAUACCAAACCGCAGUCGCUGGAGACCACAAUGAGACAGUGGGGUCUCGAGAACGAGACCGAGAAUCUUAAGAAAACUCUUAAGGAGGGCUCAGAAACCCUACUGCGCAGAAUCAUCGAACACGAGAACAGACUCGAUGAAGAAGAGAAGGGAAAUGUCGGCGCUCAGACCGACGUAAUUGGUAUCGAUUACAUCUUGAGCAAGAGAAAUGGCGUAUAUGCCCCCAUUGGCAUCGAGGUGAACAGCCAUGACUGUACCAUCAACUGUCAGCUGUACGAAUUCAUGAACCCAGACCUCGCCGGCCUUUCCGUCGGUCCACUCAUCCAGACAAUGUGUGAAAGAUCUCAGAGGUACGCCAUGUCCGGCAAAGUCGUCGUCGUCGUUGGAGCCGGAGGAAGCAGCAAGAAAUUCAUUUGGCCAGCCGCCAAGAAAGAAAACAUCCGCGUCGUCCUGGUUGACUGCUUGCCCAACCAUGAAAUUCCCGAUGUGGCCAGGUAUCUGGAGUACGACUUUACCGACCACACCCAGGAUGAGACCCAUGCUAAGAACAUCGUUCAGAUGCUGCUGAAACAUGGAGCUGAACUAGACGGCUGCUGCACCUUUUGGGAGGACUGCGUGCCUCUUGCUGCUCGCAUCUGCGACAUGCUGGACCUUGAUGGCAUCGGCCUAAAAGGAGCCAUGAUCGCCAAGAAGAAGUCAUCCACACAGAACACACUGUGUGACCGUACUGCAGAUAUACCCCACUUCCCCAGAACGUAUCUGUACGCUGAGAGAUGCCACCACAUUGAAAACGAGUGCGAUUUGGAGAAUGCUGAGAAAAGCGUCGAAUUUCCCGCCAUAAUGAAACUGGAAUACGGAUCCAGUGCCGUUGGGGUUAAACUUGUACAUGACAUGGGAGAGGCUAAGGAACAUCUUAGUAGCCUACAAGAAAAACUAACAUGUGAGGAGGACCACCCAGGGAUUGGCCUUGGAUAUGGCAACAGCAUGUUGAUGAUGAAAUAUCUGGAGGGCACCGAACACGACAUUGAUGUCGUUCUAUACAACAGAAAACUAGUGGCCGCUUUUGUCUCUGACAAUGGACCAACAAAGAAGGGCUUCUUCACAGAAACCGCCGCUUGCAUGCCAUCUUGUCUGCCAAAGGACAAGGUGGGACAGAUUGUAACAGCAGCCUACCAGUGCUGUGUCGAAAUCGGCCUAGUCAGUGGCGCCUUCAACGUGGAGAUGAAAAUGACCCCCGCGGGACCAAAGUUGAUCGAAAUAAAUGCCCGUAUGGGAGGAUUCUAUCUCAGAGACUGGAUCAAGGAGAUCUACGGUGUUGAUCUGCUCCGCUGUGUCUUCAUGACCGCUUGUGGAAUCAAACCUCUGAUCAACAAACCCAAGCCACGCUACCAGAUGAUGGGAGUCAUGUGCGUGCCAUCCGUUCAUGCGCCAAUCUUCAAGAACUCUCAGACAUACGAUCUCAUCAAAAAUCUACACACCAUGGGCCACAUCCGCUACAAUGCCAUCGAAGACGAAAUCGAAGACGUGGAUUUUGAGACCGAAGAGCCAAUGUGUAACAUUGCAGUCCACGCCGGAAACGUGGCCCAAGCCAAAGAGAAACUCCUCAACUUCUGCACUUUGUUCCAUCUAAGCACAGAAGAGUAUGACGUGAAUCGCUUCUUGGGCAACUUUAAAGAAAACAUGAUCUAGCGAUAGGGUAUGUGCCUUAAUACCAUCUAAAAGGCACAUACACCCAAAAGCCUGAAGCUCGUUUGAUCUAACAACAGAAAUCCGUCAUCAAACAGUGCAGUCCAAUAUUGUAACUUUAUUUUCUUUUGUAUUGUAUUGUAUUUUUCAAUAACAUUGUUAAUGCGUUUAAUAUGUUUUUAUCAAGAGUGUGUAAUUACAAAUGUAAACUUGUUUACCAUCUGACAAGUUUUUUUAUAUUCCAUGGAAAGAAAUCUCGAGAUAAGCCAUUUGACACCUUGGCUAUGAGUAAAAUACAGCUGUUUUUAAAAGCGUUUUGUAACUGCAUUCUGGAAACCAAAAAAAAAAAAGAUCAAAUAAAAGUUUUUUAACUGCAA